UGGUACAAACAUUUCCUUCGGAAAGUCCCGGGAGGCGAGAAAGGCCUAGAUACCAGAACCGUCAUCCACUGGCAACACACUGACGUUUCCACCAUCGUCAUAUACAUACACCCAUUCACCUAUUGUUGUGUGUCAGUGGUAUUAUUGGUUAUAUACAGUACUUCAAUAUCUACAUGCGUAACAAGUACACAACAACAGAGUCGUUUAAACAAUAAAAACAAUUGUUAGUGAAGUGACGAUAAAUCGAGUGACGGAAAUGUGUUGCUAAUUGAUACAUACCUCAGAAUGUUAAUGCAGAGGUAAUCAUUGAUCAAUACUUGUUCAAUGUUUACAAGUUGGCCUUGUCACUGAAAGCUGGCAAAUGAGGUGAAGAGUUAUCAAUGAAGUUUAAUGAUGAGGAUACGAAAAUUUAACGAGGACUGAGGUUGAUAUUAUGCGAUGGGGUGGCUAGAAAUAACGUCUAUAUGGUUCGUCAUGUGGACGUGCCUGAUGUGGGGCCUUGAGCUCGUCCCCCAGGUAACGCCAAAGCAAGUGCCAUGUGACAAGACUAGAAAGGUAUUUACUGACACCUGGGGGAUGAUCAGUGAUGGACCCAUGGGAUCCAACUAUACUCAGGAUUCUCAUUGCGAGUGGCUGAUUAAAGCAAAUAAUAGCCAACAAUUCAUAACCCUGAGCUUCAGAACAAUGGGAACUGAAUGCAGCUACGAUUAUGUAUUUGUUUACGACGGUGACUCGUUUCGUUCACCAUUGCUGGGCAGUUUUAGUGGGAAAACUGAACCGCAACAAGUUACCUCGUCGUCUGGUUACAUGUUGAUAUUGUUAUAUAGUGACACAAAUUACGUCCUGGAUGGUUUUCACGCCGAAUUUUCGGUGACUGACUGUCCAAACAAUUGCACAAAGCAUGGAAAAUGCAUCAAUAACACGUGCGUUUGCGAAAAUGACUGGGGUGGAAAAGAUUGCUCAAGGGCUCUCUGCCCAAACAAUUGUGGUCAAGGUGGUACCUGCGGAAUUAAAAGAUGCCAAUGUAGAAAAGGUUUUUCGGGACAAUCUUGUUCGCUUCACUCAGUCCAUCCGGAGGGUAACAAGUGGCACUGGUUGUCACAUUCUGAAGGAGGUAUGACACCUCGAGCAGCUCAUUCAGCCGUUUACGACGGUGAAACUGAUUCUCUCUAUGUGUUUGGAGGAUACGAUCUCAAUUAUGUUCUUGGAGAUUUGGAAGUUUACAGGUUUAACACGAGUCAGUGGGAGGAUGAACAUGGAAGUGUUCUAGAAGGUGCAUCUGCUGCUGAAUCCCUAGAUCCGAUGCUGAUAGCUAGUGAACUCGAGCGAAUAGGCACAGGUCCAGAAGAGAAAUACGGCCUCUCCUCCUCGUCCUUCGUUUGGAAACUCCUCUACAAUAUCAAGGGAAAUGGCACUCUGAGUCUUCGUGACCGAGCAACAAUGGAUACAACUCAGCACGGUUGGCGUGAGCUCCGAAACACUCCUGAGCAUCGUGAACGGGAGCGUAAAGCACAGGAAGCCCGAGAGGCCGAGGAGAAUCGAAGAAAGCAGUCUCGUCUGGUGAGAUCCCUGUUUAGAGCUCCCAGGGACACCGACGAGGUUCCUGUAUUUUUCGACAAAGCCCUCUCGACGCAAUCAGAAUUCGUCCAACAGAUAAUCGACACCAACUCCACCACCGAAAUGGUUUUCACAUCUGAAUCCCUGAAUCCAAUUGGCUCAAAUACAAAUGAAACAUUGAAACCGAGCCCUAGAUACGGUCACGCUGCAUGCAAAUACUCUCGGGGCUUCGUCAUCUACGGAGGAAAAUUGGCAGACGGUUCUCUCUCCAACGAGCUUUGGCAUUACGACGUCGAGACCAAAACCUGGACCCUUCGUGCCAAAAGUUCAGACCUCUAUCCACCCCACUUAACUAGGCACACACUGACCCUGGCCGAGGAUCGAAUUUAUUUGUUUGGAGGGAGUACAGUUGAUGGUGAAUUCUCAUCAAGUCUAUUCAGCAUAAAAUUGGAUCUGACAGACACCAAUUCAUCCUCGGAAAAAUGGAAGAGAGUUCGUCCCAGGGGAGGAAAGGAACUAGACGUCCGAGUUGUUGCUCAUUGCACAGUAUAUCACAAAGCAACGAAUUCGCUUCUUGUCUACGGGGGAGUGGUUGCUAGUGUGGCGAGAUUCAGCAAGUUAUCGGAUCGAAUGUUCGUGUUUCAGCUGGACAGGAAGGUAUGGUCGGAAAUUCAUUAUCCAAGAGAGCAUCUUCCUGAUAUUUAUGUUCCAAGGGAAAGGGCCUUUCACACCUGCAACAUCAUCGGAAAUUACCUUGUGGUCUUCGGAGGCUAUUCUCAUCGACACAAUAAAGAGGAGAUCUGCUACGACAAUCAGAUGUAUCUUUACAAUCUUGGAUGUCAUGUGUGGGUAAGUCACGAGGUUCUUGGUGUCAGUGACAAGGACUCUGGAUAUCCGAAACAACAGGGGGUCUUUGCUCAUGCUGCUGAUACCAGAAAUGGAAAUACUCUUCUGCUAGUUGGUGGAUACCAUGGUAAUGUCAAUGCUGAUCUUCUGGCUUAUACUCUACCACCGAUGCUGGCACCUGGUGAUGAUGAUUACAUUGAGCCCGAACAGUUGUGCCCCAAACACAAAAGCUUUACUGAAUGCUCAGCCAAUCCUGAGUGCGGUUGGUGUUCAGCGGAUGAAAUCUGCUAUGGGAGAACAAUUGGAAGUAAUUGUACAACUAAUUUGCAGACGUCAAGAUGUCCUGGUGUUUGUCCAGUUCUUGGUGACUGUCACUCUUGCUUGAUUCAUGGCCAACCUGGUGGAGGAUGGGGCACAAACUCCAAGGGAAAAACAUCAAUUUCUAAUAAACUUAAUUUGGGAACAUGCACUUGGUGUGUUCAGAAUGCUCGUUGUCACCAUAAAAAUGAUAAUUACGGAGUGUGUGGCUCUAGAGAUGACACGUUAUCCAGAAUUCCGGCGUGGUGGGGAAGCAAAGGUACUGAAAUAACGAAAGUUGAAGAGUGCAGAGAGAUGGAUAAAAGGCCAGGCCUGACAUUCCUCAAGUACAAACCCCCUGUCAAUUUCACACAGCCUGACUCUGUGACAAUAGUCAAUGCAACGACAAUUGAUUUUAAUGUUCCAUCAAUGCAGGGAGCGAAAACUGAAUCAGCCCUCGGCGGACAGAUGAUAGCCAGACUGACUGGCUUCCUCAGGCCCCCUCAGGAUUACUGGCUGAGCUCAGCUGAACAGCUAAAAAUCUGUGUGAGUUAUAACAGUGCCACUCUCAAAGUCUCACGACACAACAGCUCCAAUGAACUUGAACUCGUGGCAAACUUAACUGCCGACACGUCCCAAUGUGUUGCGACAAAGUGGUCUGAUGGAACUUACAUGAAUCUGGAGCCUGGAAGGUAUCUCUUGGACUUUGAAUCAAAGAGAAUGGUCACAGCCAAUUAUGCUUAUCCAUCGAAGAUGGAAAUCACUCAUAACAGGAAAGGGGACACCAAUGCCAAAGUCUUUACAUUUGAAUAUCUCGAGCCUUAUCAAAAUGGCUCGUGCGAUCAGUACAAGAAUUGCCUCCACUGCUUGACAGACUCCUCAUGCGGUUGGUGCGACAUCAGCAACAGUUGUCUCUCCAGAGCCACUAAUGAAACUGAAAGUUGUUCAGUGACGAUUGAUUACGAUGACGAGGGAAAUCCAAUCAAUGAGUGGCAUUAUCUCACCAUUACUCCCUCCUCCUGUGCCAACUGCUCCAACUACAUCUCCUGCGAGUCAUGUGUAUCCACAAAUCUAUGCGAGUGGUGGACAGAAGAGGCGAGAUGUGCGAGAAUGGGAAGACUCCCUAACAGUGUUGUCAGUCUCGAGGAGUGUCCAAUGCCAUGCAGACAGAGGUCUAAUUGCACUCAGUGUUUAGAUGAACGAGGAAGAUGUGUCUGGUGUGAGGCGACACAAGAGUGUUUUUCAUUCUCGGUUUACACAUCAGAAUAUCAGUUUGGAUUGUGCAGAGAGUGGAUGGAUCAGGCGGGACUCAUGGGUGUGACCUCCAGAUCUGGUUCAUCGUUGACUGGUAACGAUCAAUGCAAAUCCUGCAAUCGUCACUCAAACUGCACCAGCUGUCUUCAUUCCCUCAGCUGUGGAUGGUGCUAUUCCCUGGAGAAUCCCAUAACUGGUUUCUGCGUUCAAGGGGACUUCAAUCGAGCUCAUGUCAACUGCAGUCUCAUAAUCAAUGAGAAUCAGAGUGAACAGUUCAAUGAGACUCUCACGGAGGAUCAGGUCGGGUGGGCGUAUGCUCAGUGUCCGGAUGUUGACGAGUGCGAUCUCGGCCUUCACGACUGUCACAAGGACGCUCAGUGUACGAAUACUCAUGGCAGCUAUAGUUGUCAGUGUAAACGGGGCUUUCAUGGUGAUGGAAAGGAGAAUUGCACUAAAACCUGUUACGAGAAGUGUGUCAACGGUUACUGCAGUGAAGCACCUGAGUACAAGUGCGAGUGCAAUCUUGGUUGGACUGGACCCGAUUGCCGGACAAAUUGCGGAUGCUACAAUCAUUCGACAUGCGUUAAUAGCGUUGGAGUCUGUGACGAGUGUCAGGACUGGACGACUGGUCAAUACUGCGAGGAAUGCAAGGCGGGGAGCUACGGAAAUGCAACAACUCCUCUGGGCUGUCGUAAAUGUAACUGCAAUGAGCAUGGAGAUAAAAAUCUGGAUUACUGUGAUCGCCAGACCGGUAGAUGUUUUUGUAAGGAUAAUACCAAAGGGGAGACUUGUGGAAAAUGCCGACGGGGGUAUUAUGGUGAUCCUAGAGACGGUGGUAUGUGCUAUUACGGAUGUAUGUCACGAGGAAUGCUGAGUGGCGAGGGUAAUGGAAAGCAAGGUCUCGGCAGCAGGCAUUCCCAAUUGUCCCUGUGGGAGAGUCACUUGGGAGGAAGUCCAACGAGAGAAUGCCUGUGGAUUGUCAGUCCCAAGAGUGGAUUGUCUUCUGUCAAUCCACCUACCUCGUCAGCAACGCAGAGUGUCAUUCAGUUCACCAUUCACGAUGACAUCAACGUCAGUUGUCAAGAGAACAGUGUUUACGUAUAUGAUGGACUUCCUGACUUUGUCUCCUCAACGAGCAGCCAUCAGAGCCAACUAUUGGGUGUCUACUGCACCGAGAGCACCGACUAUCCAGUGACAGUUGAAGCUAAAUCAGGAAUUCUUACGGUUCAUUAUAAACAACUGGACGAAGUGGAGGGAUUCAAUGCCAGUUAUGUGGCUAUGACAUGUGGUGAUAGUUGUCCACCGAAUCGUGAAUGUCGAGGUGGCAAUUGUCUGUGCAAAGUCGGCUUCGUAGGAAUCAAUUGUGAUAUUGAACUGUGUCCCAAUAACUGUACUUCAUUGAAGAAACAUGGAGUCUGUGAUAAGAGCUACGGUCACUGCGUCUGUUCGCCAGGUUUUGGAGGGCGUGAUUGUGCUAUUAAAAUCAAGGAACACCAGCUGGUUUUCACUGAACUCUUUAACUCUGAGUACCUUGCCGAUCAUUUGGAUCAUCUCCGAAAGACUCUACCACGUUUUGGUCACAGUCUCGUGGCCGACAGACGUGGAAGUUUAUGGAUGUUCGGAGGAUACUCGUUGAGCCAUGGACCGCUGAAUGACAUCAGAUUAUUCGACACCAAGAACAACACGUGGAUGCCAGUGACAGUCGAGUCAACAUCUGAAGCUUCAAUGCCGCAGGGUAGGUACUUCCAUGCCGCGGAGAUCGUUCACAGUCGUCAGCAGAUCUACAUCUACGGGGGGCUAACUAUGAAAGAGGAGGGAAUUCUCGGUCUGUCCAAUAAUACGUUGAGUGACUUCUGGAAAUUUUCACUUCAGAAUCAACGAUGGGGACUGGUGAAGCAGGAGACCAUUCUCAAGGAGGAGCCUCCCCCACUGGCUGGGCACACUCUCACCCUCAGACGCAAUGGUGAGUCUGAAAGUCUCAUUCUGAUUGGUGGAUUCAGUCCCAAAUACGGUUACUUGGACAAUGUCUGGGAGUUUAAUCUCGAAUCUGAGAUAUGGGAGAGUGUCAAGACCUUGGGAAAUGGUCCCCUGGGGGUUUAUGGACACACAACUGUCUAUCACCCUAAAUCAGACAGUCUUUACGUUUUUGGUGGCUACACUUAUGCUGUCAAUCGCACCUUCAUAUCGAACAAACUCUAUGCACUGAAUUACAAAUCUCGAACCUGGUCGAUUCUACCACCCUUUGAUGACGACUCCAGUGAUGGAAGUUCCCUACCUCAAGCUAGAUUUCUCCAUUCAGCAGUCACCACUGACGAGUACAUGGUGAUUUUCGGGGGUCGUCAGAAUCCUCACAACACCAGUGACUCACUCAUCGCUUAUAAAUACGCCUGUAAUCUCUGGAUACGACUGAUAACAAAGGACACCAAAACCAUUGGUACACCACCUCCACCAGCUUACGCACACGCCAUGACUCAUGCUGACCCAGAGUUGAAUCUUUUGUAUGUUGUUGGGGGUUUCGAUGGGGGGAUAAAGAGUCACGUGACUCAGAUAAGUAUUCCGGAGGAUCUCUGCAGUCUCUGGACGGACAAGAUCACCUGCAGAAAGUACUUCGGCUGCUCUUUCUGCGCAGUGACGACGAUAGACGGCAAGAAUGCUUCGUACUGCUUCUCGAAUCAAUUAUUUGGUAAUCGAGAUGACAAAUGUGAUAUUAACGUUACACAAGCUCAACGAUCAAAUGGAAUUUUUUGUAAUUCUGAAUGGAUGGCAAAUCGAAAAUGCCAGACAUUGAAAAGCUGUUCAGAAUGCCUGGCCCAGUGGCCGUAUUACAAGGAUGAGGAUCCUGUCUGUCAAUGGUGUAUGAAUUGUCCAGUGGGAAAAUGCCUACCAGUAACCAAAGACUGCACUGAAUUGAAUAAAUGUAAUAGCCUUCCAACAUCGGUGACAGACGUUGGACAAUGCGGGGAGAGUCAGUGUCCCGCGAGUGACUGUGAUAAAUGCAAUGGUUUGGGUGAUGAUUGUGUCUGGACUAGACAAAUACUCAAGACACCAGGCUCAGGUUGGAAGCAAACUGCUGAGCCUGUCUACGAUUGGAAUUGCGUAUCGAAGAGUCUCGUUGAGAGAUCCGAUAUCAAGAUGACGAGUGGUGAAUGUGAGAAACGUUGCAGUGAUCAUAAAGACUGCAGGAGUUGUCUGAAAGCUACGGGAUCAGAGGGUGGCUGGCACGAGUGCAGAUGGUCAACUCAAAUGAAUGAAUGUAUUUCACCGUCCUAUCAGCCACUCUACUGUGCCGGAGGUGUUUGCGGUCUUGUUUUGAAGAACACCGAUGUAGAACACUGCCCUGAGCCCUGCUCGGUGUUUAAGCAAUGCAGCACGUGCCUCAAGCACUCGCACUGCGGCUGGUGUUCCCUGGAUUCGGCUGAAAUAACUGGCCAGGGGAUAUGCACUGAAGGGUCUUUGGAAGCGCCCACUGAUCAUCCAGCUGGUGGCACAUGUCAGAUGCUUUACAAUCAGAUGAAUCCAUCUACCCCAGCACCAAUUACGACGACCACCCUUUCUGUAUCAUCAAACUCCUCGAUGAAUGAUACAGAUCCUUCUGCCAAUGUCACGAUUCAUAACGAUAGUUCGGUUAUCUAUGUCAUUAAGAAACCGGAGGUCUUCUCCUGGCACUAUGUCAGGUGUCCCCCUGAGAAUGAAUGCAUCAAUGGACAUCACACGUGCUCUCCAAAGAGCGAAAAGUGCUUCGACCUGGAAGAGGGAUUUGAGUGCAUGUGUGGAGACGGUUACAAGAACGAGACUGCUUUACCGUUCAAUGAAUUUGGGAGAAAGACCUGUGUUCCCGUGUGUACUCAGGGCUGUGUAAGGGGCACAUGCGUGGAGCCCAACGUUUGUCGUUGUGACUUCGGUUAUGUUGGGGCUAAUUGCUCCAUUCAAUGCCAGUGUAAUGGGCACAGCAACUGUGCAGGACCAGAUAAAUUGGAUGAGUGUUUGGAGUGUCAUAAUAACACAAUGGGCCCACAGUGCGACAAGUGUCAACCACUUUACGUGGGUAAUCCUGCGGAUAAUGGACAGUGCGUUCCCUGUUUGGAUUACUGCAAUGGACACACUAGAAUUUGCAUCAACGAGAGUAUGACAGUGUCCGAUCCAAAUUCGGUGGAUCGUAUGUCAAUUGAAUUACUCACCAAGCAAUUAGUUGAGGGCCCAGUGGCCAAAGCUAAGUGUGUUAAUUGUGGCAAUAAUACUAGGGGCGAUAAAUGUGGGGAAUGCAUUCCAGGAUAUUUCCGAGGAACUGAAGACCUCAGAGAUGUUUGUCGUCAAUGUGAGUGCCAUGGGCAUGGGUUCUCCUGCGAUCCUGUUACCGGGGAGAAAUGUAAUUGUGGGAAUAAUACGGAGAGCGAACCGUCUUGCACUAUGGGACCCAGUAAAGGUACCAAUGUUCAGGGAGUUCCCUGCUGGAAGGUACAAUGCAGCAAGUGCCGGGAGAAUUAUGCCGGCACGCCGACUGGGGGACAUCAGUGCUACAAGACUGUCACCGUCGAUAAUAAGAUGUGUUUCGACUCAAAAUUGAUUGACGAGUGCAAGAUGAAACCGAAACCCUUGAAUCCUGGACAGACUGUGUUCUACAUGGUUCAGCCUCGAUUUAUGAAUGUUGAUAUCAGAGUUAUGAUAGACGUUACUCAAGGAGCUUUGGAUCUGUUUCUCUCUCCGAGGGAUGAUUCGUUCGUCGUUAAUCUUAAUUCAUCGACUGGGUAUCAGGAAGUCGGGCUUGAUGAGCGAUUCAAGUGGAGAAAGGAUCACUAUGACAAUUGGUUUGAUGAUCAUCUGUUGCAUCGAGUGAGGAUCGUUGAGUUUUUUCCUAAUGACAGUAUUCCGGAGAUAAAGUGGAGUACUGGGCAACAGUAUGUCGUGAUGGAGAGAUACGCCGAGGGUCUGGCUACGUUCAUUACUAUUGAACAGAAGGACACGUUCUUGGUUGUCAGGAAUUUGACAAAUCGUUUGGUCCUGACAAUUCCCCAGGACAAGCAUGAGCUGGGACAGACCAAGUUUCAUAUUGCUCUGAGGGCUAUUGACACACCAUAUCCGGAGAUAAAUGGACGUGCUGCUUAUGGAAUGAUAUUCUUCCGGCAGGAUCAACUGCACAUCGAUCUUUUCGUCUUCUUUUCGGUGUUCUUCUCAUGUUUCUUCUUGUUCCUUGCGGCUUGCGUCGUCGCGUGGAAGACUAAACAAGCUGCUGAUGUGAGGAGGGCGAGGAGACGACAUGUUGUGGAGAUGCUGCAUAUGGCAAAGAGGCCCUUUGCCUCGGCGACCAUUCUUUAUGAUCGCGAUGGAAACGAAUGCAGCACCAAUUCACCGCAACGAAAGGGUAGGAGAAAUAAAAUCAUCAAUUUUCAUAGUGAUGUCAGACCAGUUGCUGUUGAACCAACUGAUGAUGGUGUUGCCGCCGUUGCUACGGUUUUUAUUAGACUACCUGGAGGCCCUCAUGCACCUGUUAAACUGGCACUCGCUAGCUCGUUGAUUCUGUUGACGAGGGUUUAUCCGGUCAACAGUCGUGUGUUUUUGAGACGCAGGAAUAGUCAUGCUAUUAAUUGAGAUGGGGGAGAGUGGUGAUGAUUUUGCAUUUAACAAGUCUAUGGAAAAAAAUAAUUUUUUUGGCUUGCACUAAAACAAUAUUCUGUGGAAGGCAAUGGGAGCUCCAGAUUGAGACCUUUGAGAAUUGAAAAUUCAGGUAAUCGAUGAGAUAUAGUAGAAAAAUAUAACGAAUUCGAUAGAAAAUUUUAUUGGAUGUUCAGUGAACUUUAAGUAAUUUUUGGCUGAUUCGAUUUAAAUGUUCGAUAGAAAAUAUUCAAUGGAACAAGUCAACGUCUACAUUUAAAGUCUUGAAGUCUCGUAGUAAGAAUUUUUAUCCGAAUCGAUAUUAAAAUUUCAAGCUAUACUAUUGAGGGACACUUGUAUAAAUCUUUUAAAAACAUCAGUAGAAUUUCAUUUUUCUAUGCAGUCUAGUAUUUUACGAUUGAAACGUAUCAUACUUGUGCGUUAACUCCCACGAAUUUCAUCAUUGGAAAUUUACUUCAAUGGUGUUAGAAUAGUUCAGAUUUACCCCUAUGCUUCUACCCUUAUUCUCGAAAUUAAUGGAAUUCUAUAGAAGUUCAACAGAAAUGACUAGCGAAUACGUUUUUUCUUUCUACCUCAUAUAGGAUUCGAAAAUUAAUUAGUAAAUAUUUUCAUUCGUCCACCUUCAUCACUCGACUCAAUGGCUCCUUCCCUCUAUCUGCGUUGUCGAAGACACGUGGGUGUUUUUACCAUUCCAUGACGAGACUGUACGUGUGUAUAUAAAGAUCUGUAAUUAGUCUAGAAAUUUUUCUUUUCGUUUUACCAAUAAUUUCGUUGAAAAACUUUGAAUAUUGAAAGUGAAUGAACGAUUAAUCAAUUAAUGAUAAUUGGCGUGCAUAAUAAUGAUUGAUAGGAAUGAUUAUUUCUGCGCAAUAUUGAUAACAAAACAGUAUUAAGAAAAAAAAUGUGAAUUUAUAGAAAUCUCGGAAUUAAUUGUACAAUUCAUAAAAAUCGAAGGUUCCUAAGAAAAUUGGUUACUGGAAUGGUGCAGCUAUUUAAUUAUAUAAUCUCGUCUAUGAUAUUAUGAAAUUGGAAAUAUGUCGACAAAUAAUAUAAAACGAGUAGAUUUAUAUUGGAUGAACGACGAUAUAUGUAUAUAAAUUGAAUUGGAUAUUUAUUGAAAAUUAAUCAUCUUCUUUGAGAGACGAAAAAAUUGGUUUCCCAAAAGUCUCGCGUGAUGCGAAACAAUUGCAAAUUGGCUGUUAUCAAAAUUGAAAUUUUUUUUCUAUAUUAUUUAUUUAUUUCUUAAUCAAAAUUAUAUUCAUCACUUGUGCCAAAAGUGAACGGAAUAUUCAGUACUAAAUUUGUCUCUUUCGGUAGUCUAAAACUUGUAUUUUUUUUAAUAUUCCAAGAAGACUUAUUCGAGAAUGUUUUUUCCCUCCACGGGAUGUGAUUGAUGGUGAAUGCCUGUGAUCCUGGAUCGGCGAUAUUUUUUUAUUUUCUGUUCCUAUGCGAUAAUAAUUCACACAAUCACGUCCCAUGAAUCAGGAUUGCGACGAGUCGUUUUAAUUCUGCAAAUAACUGUUAAGUUCGUGAUAAAUUGUUGAAGAAAUAAUUUUUGCAUGUAUGACAAGUGAAGUGGUGUUUCGAAACAACAAAAGUGGAAGAACUCACUGAAUUUGAAGAACAGUAUUCUGAAAAUACAUCGAAAACUGGUGGCUCUCGAGAGAAAUACCAAUCGAUCGUUUUUGUGGCUCGUAAAAUGCAUUAGAGAAAGCUCUAUUUCAGAAAAAUAUUUAUAAAUCCACUGAUUUUUCAGAUAUUGGUAAAUUAUCGUACUUGAGGAAUGUGAAUUCAUUGUAAAUUGAUAAAAAAAAAAUGUAUUGACUCGAUGGAUGUCUCGAAGAUUGCUUCGAAUGUAAAUGAUUUGUCAAAUAAUUGUACAGGGUGUUUUUUUUACAUUUCGUCUUUCAAUGAAUCGUUGGAACAACAAAUCAAUUUUGGCCACUCAAAUGGUUAUGAAUUAUCCCGAUAUAACGGAACAAAUGAAACAAGAAAAUAUAUAUUAAUAUAUGAAAUGAGUAAGGGAAGACAUUAGUGUAAAAAAUAAAUGGAUAUUGAUGAUAUUGUAUUUAUAUGAACGAGAUCGUCCGCGCGUGCUACGCACGCGCCAUCUUUUCCAAAUCAUAAGAAUUGAAAACUCUAGAAAAUGAAUGCUCUUAUUCUAUCUUCGAAGUUAAAAUUAAAACUCAUGGAAAAAGACAAUUGGGAAAAUCUUAAUAUAUUUCGAUUGCUCUAAGAUUGCAUAUACUAUACAGUGCGAGGCAGCAUACGGUAUACAGAAUCGAGAACAUUUCCGCAAAUUCGAGAUUUAGCUAUAAUAGCGACAGCAAUCAGUCAAGUCAGGAAGAGGGCGUUCUUAGUCUCAUAAUAAUCUAAUCUAAUAAUUAAAGAUUUUCUAAUUAUUUGUGAACAUCAAAUUAUGCGAUUGAGAUUAUUUAUUCCCUUCACAUAACCAAGAACAUCGCUGCUUGCGAAUUUUUUUUCGUGAGUAGUAGUGCAGGAGACAUUGUUGCCGCACCAAGGUGUAUACCUGCGACUUACAACCGUAGGGAAGGUUCAAACUGAAUGUCUGCAAAAAAAUCGCGUUUUAAAUUUUUAUUAAUGAAACCAUUAACUCCAAAUCUAUGCCACUUGCGUUCAAUAAACAUUUACAGGAGUGGGACGGAUUUUGAAAUGAAAACAAAAAUAAUGUUCCAACAAUUAUAAUUGACAUUACAACAUAUGUUAAGAAAUAUGAACAAACAUUAACAUGAAUACAUCCUUUGUAUCACUUAUCUGUGAUUCCGGAGAGCUUUAUCUACUUUAAUCAUAAAAUUAAUUAGUCUUCAGUUUUCUCUGUUAUAUAUAAAAAAUACAAAUGUUUAGUAAUACUUUUUCUUCAAAAACAGGGCCAUAUAUUGAAAUAAAUUCUGAAUAAAUACUAAUGUUCAUGAAUAGAUUAUUAUAAUUCCAUCUGUUUUGGUUGUUAAAGCUAAAUGAGUAUUAACCUUACUGCUAUGAAGUUGGCAGUCUUUAAAAGUAAAAAAUCAGAUUCUUAAAGAGCUCAAGCUUGUCAAUGUUUCAUUUUUGUGUAAAAAAAUAACAGUAUUAAACUUGUUAUAGAAUUAAAUUUUUGCGUAAAAAAAUAACAGUGUUAAACUUGUUAUAGAACUCAAUUUUUGUGUGAAAAAAUAACAGUCUAGAACUUGUUAUAGAAAAAAUUUUCAAUUUUGCAAUUGAACUUCCAGAGUAAAUAGCACGUCAUUAAAGCUAUUCAGCUUUCAGUUUCUGAAACAAAAAAGAUUAUCUGUUCUUAAUAACUGUUUAAUGAAUGAUUCAAUGCAUUUUCAUUUAUAUUUCCAUAGAAAAUUUUUUUUAUUAAUGUUCUAAUGAAAAUAUUAUACUGAAUUCUGCUUGAAACUAAGCCAACAUUAGAUGAAAAUAUUGCAAUAUUCUCUUGCAUUGAAGGGAGAAUAGUGAAAAAUUAAAAGUAAUUAAAUUUGGAUAACCAUAACCAUUAAUAAAAAAAAGUACCUUAUUCGCGACGUCCAUCGCCUCUCCAGAUGCAGAUUCAGCUGCCCCUCGUUUGAGAAUGAGAGGAGGUGCUUCGACAGCAUCAUCCAACUCAUCUUCAUUGAGGGCUACAUCCUCAGUCAGGACUGCAAUGUCAUCCAUGCUGUUAAUAUUCAGAACAAAACCAUCCCCACGACAAUCAACUCGACCUUUAAUGGUCAUUUUGAUUCCCUCGAUCAAAUCUUCUCUCGGGAUGUAUGUUACCACGUGAAUGGUCAUGCGAUGGACCCUUGUGCAAAACAUGCCAGAUCCAUAACUCGAACCACUUACCGUGGUAAUGCUUCUGAAUGGCUCUUUGAGCCAUCCAGUGAUCUGGACUGGCCCGCGAGCAGCACAAACGUUCUCCAUCUCAAUUUUUUAUAUGAGAUGACCUUCGACCUUCCAUUGUCAGCUCCAUUCGUAAUGUUAAAUGUGCCAAAGAUGUCGAAAGUGCUCCUACGUGCAAAUUGAAAUUCUUUGUCGCUCACAGUGUCCGUUGAUCGCCGAUACUGUGGAUUGGCCGCUUUAAUAAUCCCUCCAGUGAUUUUUAUUAUCUAAAAAGUAAAAUUUCAAAUUUUUCAUAUAUUCUCAUAGAUAUUCAUUCAGAUAUUCGCAUAGAUAUUCAUAUAGAUAUUCAUUUUGUUUCCAAAACAGAAAACUGACCUAGAAAACUGAACUGGGCAUUUAUGUUAUUUAUUCGUUGAUAUUUUUUUUCCCUCAAGGUUCCCUACAAAUAAAUAACGUACGUUCUUACGUUCAUUUGUUUGCAACGAACCUAUCGGGAAAUAUUCGAUAAUUUCGGAGCUCUUGUGGUAUUAUAUGCGAUAAUUUUUUCAUAAUUCUGCCGGUAGGCUAUAUAUAAAAAAAACAAACGAUAACUUAACCAAAUAAACCUCUCUUCAUUUCAUGGCACAAUUCUCUUUGCCGAAAUUUGGAUAGGAAAAAUAAUCUCCUAAAUACCACUCGAGCUUCAACAUUAUCGAGUAUUUCCCUCUAGGUUCCCUACCACUCUUGUGGUAUUAUAUGUGACAAUUUCACUUUUUUUCUUUUUGAAUGGAAAUCACCUGUACCUGAUACAUCUUGAUCUCAUCCUUGUAUUUGAGAGCAUCAUCCCCCGAGCAAAGUAUGCGAACCCUUCUGCCAUCAUUGUUAUUUAAAAUGCACUUGUAAAUCCACUUAGAUGGAGACUUUGGCAACUCUCUCAGGCCUUCAAUGCAGUCGACGUAGCCGAUGAUUUUCCUAAGAAAAAAAAAAUGAAAUUACUCUCCGAACACGUGUCAAUGAUAGGUUAUGAUGAUUGAAUGCAUAAUAAAUUUUUGAAAUAUGUUCAUUUUUUAAAAAUAAUAAUAGGAAUACUUACAUGAGUGUAGCUGCAACAUUGAAAUGAUCAAUGGCUCUGUUGGUCGUAUAUUUAAUAGGUGGAGAUGUCAUGAUGUUUCACGAUUAUAAAUUAUCUCCUUUUUAUAAUAGGAUAAAAACACUCAAACACGUUGCCAAAUGUGAUGGUUUUUACCGGUUCAUUUGUUCCAGCCCAAUGUGCGACUAAUAUAAUCGACAGAUGUCGCUUCGGUUUCUGUCUUACGCUUACGCAUUUUCGAGAUAUUUCUUCGAGAAAUAUCGAUAUCGAUCUGUACACGGGUCUCCUUUUUAUAAUAGGAUGUAACGCUUGAAUCUUGAUAACUGCUGUACAGAUCUGAAUCUCUGAUAUUUUAUAAAUAUUUUAUAUUGUAGAUCCUUCAUUCGACCAGAAUCUUCCAUGCAACGUAAACUCACUCCACGUUUGUGCUUGAUAAGUAGAUGGAAAAAAAAUAAUAGAAAGUACUAAAUGAAAUCUAUAUAACGUCAUUAUUGUAUUCAGGAGUACAGUUAUUAUGGAAAUAGGUGAAAUUUUACGAAAUUAUUUAAUGAAAUUGUAUAAACAUUGAUUACAUAGUGCAAUGUAUGGGGGAAUUUUAUUUAAUAAAUAUAUGAUAAUUUGUGAAUA